AUGGCUGGCGGUGUGAUUGCGGAAGAAGUGGGCAUUGCAGGACAUGGACUCAUUGGCUAUGGUAUCACCAUGUACCAGCCUCUGUGUGCGUACUCGUGUCGUGUGGCACUUUCAGCCAGUCCGCUUAAUUGCAGCAACGUGAUGGAGAUUCACGGCAUGAUCAUGGCCGACACGUCUCCGGAAUGCUAUGCCAACGACAAUGUCUUCCUUACUUCUUUCGCAUGGUGCAUUCAUACGAGAUGUACUGAUCUCUCGAUAUGGGAGAUCGAAAAGUACUGGCAAUCGACAGAAGCUAGCAUCCGGAAUAGCCAUAGGAGACUUGAUGAACCGGGCGUUAAUGUCAACGCGUACCCCCCCGCGCCGAAGUGGACCUACCAGGAGGCAUUUAGCAAUGUGAACGGGACUCCCACAGCCACUGUGGUGUUCGCGAUGCCAUUGAAGGAAAAGUCCCUGGUGUCAGAUGCCGACUACCAAGUACAGUACAACACCAUGGGGAUGUUUGAGAAGAUGGAGGUUGCCCACGAGAGAUACGGUCUCGUCCUAAUCGCGCUCGGUGCGGCAGUCCCAAUUUUCUUCUCGUGGCUUCGAUUCAUCCCGCUGCCAAAGUUGGUUAUCUCAAAGAUCCACGCUGUCUUCAUCGACCCACCGUUGUUCGGCCGGAGGCACAAGGCUCCUUAUUUCAACCUGCUUAUCAUGCCUACACGUGGUCAGGCAAUAUUGGUCUUCUACAUGGUAGCAGUCAAUGUCGUUCUCAGUGGUGUAGGCUACGACUCGGCCCAGCCCAACGCCUGGUGGGUCAACGACAAGGACCAGGAGCUCUUGACGUCCUUUAGCAAUCGCAUGGGUGUCUUGAGCUUUGCGAACUUACCGCUGCUCAUCCUCUACGCCGGGAGAAACAACUUCUUGUACUGGGUGACUGACUGGACCCAGUCCACUUUCAUGCUCUUGCAUCGGUGGACGGCAUACUUUUGUACUCUCCAGGCUUGCCUCCACUCGGCAGCUUGGCUUCAAAUCUACGUCAGCAUGGGCCAGCACGAUAUCGAAGCCAAGCUGCCCUACUGGGUCUGGGGCAUCAUCGGCACGCUGGCAAUGAGUAUUUUACUGCCGGCUUCGGUUAUCCCUUUCCGCGCUAAGCUCUACGAGCUCUUCUUAGCUGUUCACAUCGUCCUUGCUGUCUUUGCGGUGGUCGGGUCCUACCUCCACAUUGUCUACAGAUUCCAAAACCAGUGGGGUUAUGAGAUCUGGAUGUACAUCUGCUUCGCCGUUUGGGGGUUCGACCGAGUAGCGAGAGUAAUCCGGAUGGCGAGGAACGGUCUGAUGUGGGCUGACAUCACCAUCAUCGACGAGGAAUACAUGCAGCUGGACAUUGACGGUGCGGUCGGCAGCGGACACGCCUACCUUUACUUCCCAACACUUACAUGGCGACCUUGGGAGAGCCACCCGUUCUCCAUUUUGGCUUCCAGAGUGAAGCCUGCUCCAGCAAAGUCGAUGAACAGUAUCAUGCCAACUCAGAGUUCGGUUAACUCCUACUCAAAGGAGUCGAGUGUCAUGGAGGUGGCUGCUGUCAAGGAGAAGUCCCGUGUCGGGCUCUCAUUCCUCGUUAGAUCCUUCACGGGGGCAACAGAACUGCUUCGCUCACGCACUCGGGUGCCAGUCUUUGUCGAAGCAGGGUACCUUCCACACCAUGACCUCAGCAAGUAUCAGAAACUUGUCUGCAUCAUAGGAGGCGUUGCCAUCACAGCUGUAGCCCCAGUCCUGCAGACUUAUCCCGGGAAUGCGAAGCUCUACUGGUCUUCACGAACCGAAGGGCUCGUUCAAAGUGUUGAUCUCAACGGCAUCGACGCAAACGUC